UUCUGCACCACUCAUCAAAACUCUGCGGCAUGCAGGCAAGAGCCGGGGGAAGGGACACUGCUAGAUCUGUGCUGAGUGCUGGAGCGCUUUCUUCAUUUCCAUCCCAAACCCACUGCUAUUAGGUAAAUCUGCUGCAGUGGUCGCUCUCCCAUGCUUUAUUUAUGAUGACAUAUAGCCUUUUGUAAUUACCUUCCACACGACGGUACAGUAGCUCUCUCUCUCUCUCUCCCCCUCUCUCUCUCUCUCUCUCUCUCUCUCGCUCUCCCCAACCCGGCUCUUCUUCUUGCAUCAUCAGGCGCAUUCAUUCAGCAGCAGCAGCAGCAGCAGCAGCAGCAGCAGCAUAAGCGGCUCCUCACACUUUUAUGAUAACAUGGCAAAGGAUGGAGAAAAAGGCGACUGGAAGGAGUUUAUAUGGAACCCGAGGACGAGGGAGUUUCUGGGCAGGACGGCGAGCAGCUGGGGUCUUAUUUUUGUCUUCUAUCUAGUUUUCUACAUUUUCCUGGCCGGCUUGUUUGCACUCACCAUGUACGUCAUGCUGCAGACCCUGGACGACCACAAACCGACCUGGCAGGACAGGCUUUCUACACCAGGUAUGGUGAUGACGCCCAAAACAGAUGAGACCUUUGAGAUUAUCUAUACCGUCCAGGACACCGAGAGCUGGGACAUCUACACGCAGACCCUGGAGAAGUUCCUAUCAUCCUACAACGAGUCCGUCCAGGUGCAGAAAAAUGAGGAGUGUGUCCCCGACCAGUACUUUGAGCAGAAGGAUAGCGGCGACGUGAAAAACAACCCGAAGCGCUCUUGUCAGUUCAACCGCACCAUGCUGGGGGAAUGCUCUGGACUUCAUGACCGUUACUAUGGAUACAACUUGGGCAAGCCAUGCAUCAUCAUCAAGCUGAAUCGGGUGAUUGGGAUGCUGCCAGGAAAAGAUGGACAGGCGCCGUAUAUCACCUGUGGUGCUAAGAGAUACAAAGUUGGCCAAGAUGAAUGGAGAGAAGAUACGAACAAAAUUGGCGAAUUGGAGUACUUUCCUCCGAAUGGCACUUUCAACCUUAUGUACUUCCCGUACUAUGGCAAGAAAGCACAGGUGAACUAUUCUCAGCCUUUGGUGGCCAUCAAGUUCCUCAACGUUACUGCCAAUCAGGACGUGAACAUCGAGUGCAAGAUCAAUGCCAACAACAUUCCCAUCGGAAGCGAAAGGGACAAGUUUGCCGGGAGAGUGUCUUUCAAGCUGAGGAUCAACUCUAAAUAAUACUAGGUUGUUGACCCUUCCCCCCCCCACCCCCCGUCUUCUGAAAACUACUUUUCUUCAUUCUCUGCAACAUUGCACAUGCACAGAAACAAAUGACAGUAUUCACACCCUUUUGUAGGAUCAUGUUUACAAACCCCUGAUUUUUUUGGUUGGGGGUGGGAGGGGCACGGGGAGGUUAUGACACGGGUUAUGUCAAGAGGCGAGAUGAGGCGAGAACAAAAGGGUGGUAAUCCUGUUAUUCUUUCUGUCUGUGAGCUUUGGGAUAAAUUUCUUUUCCUGUACAUUAGUUUGAGGUGACGUCAAAUUUAUACUGCAUGACAAACUAGGGGAUGUAACGGAUGUGAACAUGUGUUUCCAGAGUUUGCAAGGAGCAGCGACAUCCCCACUUUGUCGCUGCUCCCCUCCUGCUGCCUCCUCAUAGAGUAUCCCUCUCUCUCUCUAUAUAUAAACUAUAUAUAUGGAUACACACAUAUUACAAUACAACAUGUGUAUAUCUAGUAUUUAUACGGUAUCAUAAAACGUAUACCACUCCAUCCAUUUUGUUGCACUUAACGGAAUAUUCCAGCAAACGUGUGUAUAUCUCGGUGGAUGGAUGCAGCGAUGAAGCCAUUUUGCAUGUGUGUGUAUCGUCUUGUGAGGCGCCCUCGUGUCCCACCCCUCUGCUUAGCGUGUUGAACCGCUGACCACCAGGAGGGACCACACUGUGAUCUUCGAAGCGUGGUGCACAGCUAGUGUGUGUGUGUGUGUUACAAACAACAACAACAACAACAACAACAUAACAACUUACAGUACAAUAGGCAGUAGGGCGAGUGUGUGUGUGUGUGUGUUUGUGCGAGUGAGUGUCGGUACGCGUGUUCCAUAUACAAUCCCUCGCACUGUCGGUCGGGAAAUUGCAUGCGACGUGCAAUAUUCAUUACAAGACACAGAUUAUGAACAGGAGUUCAGCGUUGUUGCAUUUUUAAACAGCAUUUUACAAAGUAUUUGGGUGUUUAGGUUGUUGGGAGCGUUUGCAUCAUCAGGCCUAGUGGUUGAACUCCAGAAAACCCUUUCCACUAAUUAAAGAAAUGAGUAGUUCUAUUGUAUGCUCUGCAUCUAUUACUUAUUAUUAUGUAUCUGAGAAUAGAUGCUAGUGCAAUUUUGUGUGUUGAUUUGCAUUGUAAGUGUGCUUUUUCUUCUUUUUUUGUGUGAAGCUGGGCUAUUUUGUCAGUUAUAUGUACUCAUUAUCAACUUGUGAAUCAUCAUUUAUAGUCUACAUCUGCUUCCAAAAAUGGAGGGUUAAUGGAUCGGAAAUGAACACGGGAAAAUUGUUUUCACAUGGCAAAAAAAAGGGUAUUUUUCCUAUUUAAUUAUUGCUUUUGGUGCUGAAGCUGUUUACGUGACAUUUGUCCAAUGGGACAAUGAAGAGUAAGGAUUUGCCUGUACAUACUGCUGGUGUAUCAACUGUGAUCCUGUCCCGACACGUCACUGCAGCUAAUAUGAAACACAAGCACCUUUUCACUCGUCCUCUGUCCUCAGCAUCUCACGUGAUGUCAUCGAGGGAGGGUUUCUCAAUCCUGGUUCCUGCGUGUUUUCGACAUUUCCCCUGCUCCAACACACCUGAUUCAAAUAAACGGCUCAUCAACAAACUCUGGAAAAUCCAGGAAAUGACGCAUUUAUUUGAAUGAGGUGCGAUGAUUGAGAAACAAGCGGGAAAGAAUCAGAAAGUUGCUCAUAGAGGUUAUAAUGAGCUGUUUUUUUUUGCAAGUCCUUCAGGCGACUUCACGUAAAUUUACCCUCCAGCAUUCCUGCAACACUUACUUAAUUUCACUGUAAUCUCUUAAUCUGGUUGGCUAAUCCCGAGCAGGCACGCUGAACCACUUUACCCUACUUUGUCGCUCCUCCUGCGUGUGCGAAACAACCGAUUCACUGUCCCGGCCUUUGAGACGGAAAAAGCAAAGUCCAUUCCUUUCCUCGGUGCAUUCAUUCUCAUUCCCUAUAAUCAUUAUUAAAACCACGAAACAGUGGAUUAAACAUCAGCCCCUCCCCCCAAACACCUGAUUGGACACUUAUCCUUCUGUGCAUGUGAAGUUUUGCUCUUCAACCAAAGAUUUUCAUGACAUUUUAAAUUGAAUUCAUUUCCCUGCCCUGUGUAAAAGAACCAUACUCUCCUAAUAAUAACAAUAAAUAAUACAAUAAAACACGCACAAAAGGACACAUUGCAAGAUAACAGUGCCUCCUGGUGGACAGACAGUGUUGUUCCCCAGUGUUACAGAAUGUUAUAUCCUGUUAACUCCAUUUAUCCAUCUUUUCCUGCGAUAAUUUGGAGCUGUAUCCUCAAAAAGCAAUAUCUAUUAUUUCUUGUGUGGCUGUAAGAUGUAUGUAUGUACUGUAUGUUUAUGGAAAGACUGUAACUAAAUUAGCGUAAUCAUGUGUUUCAUGGAGAGCAAAGAGGGGAAAAGGAAAGACAGGACAAGGUAAUGCGUUCGGGCAAUUUUGCCAGUAUGUAUUAACAAGGUGGCACAAGUUGUUUUGUUUAUAAAAGAGUAUUUUUCUUGCUAUUUUGUCAUAAAGAGGAGAGAAUGUAUUAACUUGGAUUGCAUCACAUCAUGGGAACAACCUGGUAGGCUUUAAUCGUUUUAUUCAACGAAUGGCGAAAUGUAAACGGCUUGACUGGAAACGUUGUUUUGGUUUUUUUUUCCGUUUUUAUACGUAGAAACUUUUUUGUCAUCGAGUCGUUUCUGUUUUGUGAAAUUGAGCUUGCGGAGUUCGCCGUAAAGGUUCUCUGUGGCCUGUUAUACAUCACAGCUCAGGAGAACCUUCACGCGCACAACUUUGCUUGAAAACAAAAUGACAAUAGCACCCAAAGAAAACAAAAAAACCUGUUUCUCCCCAUCUGAUCUCCUCAUUUUACACUUUAAUAAUGCCUAAGACUGUGGAGUUCAAGAAAGGAACCAUGAGCUUUGUUGAAAUACUCUCACCCAAAAAGGAUGAUAGCUCUACUCUGGAUCUUUAUUUUAUUUUGCUCUAACUGUCUGUAUCAUUUUUGCUCAUGUUUACUGCAAACCAAGAUAGAGAAAUAAAUAAAUGUCAUUUAAGGGAACUGGA